AUGUCCGAAGAGUACUUCCCGCUCUCGAGCGUUUUGCCAUACAUGGAGGGAGCCAAAAUAGAGGAAGUGGACUUUACUUAUCUUCUGAGCACACUAGCGCGCCCGUCCACCAUAUUAAAUGCAUCUAAAACAGAUCUCAACCAUUUAUGUGCCAGGGUGAACAACUAUCUAAGCUCCAACAACGUCAAGCAUCGCUGGCUAGGCUCGAAAAUGGCGAUUGUACUUAACACGCAUAUUGAGAUUACAGCCUCCGAGUAUACGUCCAAAUAUUUGGGAGCAUUAAUUAAAGUUCUCGAGUCCAAAUGUUUCAUCAAAGACGAGAACUCCGCUUCCGUCUACGCAAUAGUGACACUGGAAAGCUGCUGUGACGCUCUAUCAUUUAUUAUCAGCAAUAUCAGAGGCAAGCACGCACUGACUCGGGAAGUGCUGACCCCCAAACUGCCCUCGAUCAUCGGAUCUCUGCUUGAGAUCAUCAAUCUAGUUCCGCAAAAAGCUAUUGAUCUUCUUUACGAUCUGUUGAAAAACAACUCAACUACCUUUCGUCCCUUUGGUUCAAAGUUUGAAAGAGCUCUUUUGGGUCUUUUGGGAUCCGAUGGGUUCAACAAAUUUGAGUAUCAGCUGCAGCAAAAAAUCUAUAAAUCUCUGGCACUUGUUUCAUUUAGUUUGACCAGGAAUAGCACAAGCGAGUUGUGGAGAACCAAGUUCAACCACUACGUUCAAGAAAUAAAAUCAGUCAUUCAGAUAUACUCCGAGUUCAUGAGCCUCGACGAGGAUGAGGAUCUGAUGCAACAGCUAAACGCUCUUCCUAGCGUACCAGAGAAAUUCGAGCCAAGCUUUGCUCCAUUGGACAUUGACCUUAACGAGAGUUCUUUACAGAUCACAAAGAUCGUUUCUAGAGUCGACUUGCUAGUGAAUUUGCUGGUCGGAUUUCUGCAAGUGCCUACUCCCCAGGUCAAAGCGCCGAUCGGCUAUCUACUGAUGAUAGGCCAGAUUCUGGUUGGCAUCAACCACAAAUUUACUCCCAUAAAAAGAGAUAUCAGAGACGUGACGCUACGCCAGAUCAUCGCACAUUCUGCGACAUUACUGAACUAUGUCGGAUUGAAGCUUCUGAAUGUGUUGCCGGGUAUCUUUGGCGGAGACCUGCUUCCACAUUUGAGUUCCGUUCUUUCCUCGGUUGACACACUGAUUCCUGUGAGCAGAGUGAACGGAAGAAUUAUAGUUGAUGAGAUGGGUGUCCUUGAUAACCCAGAGCUGAUAUUCGCUGGUCUCAAAACCCGUAUCAACUACCUUGAGCUUGUGGAAGGAUUCACGAACAUGAGUCUUCUGCACAAAUCCAUAGACGCGGCCUUGAUACUCUCAAAACCACAGGGUCCACACGGGCUGGCUAAGAGCAACGAACAGAAGCUGAAGAGUGUCACUAUGUCGGACCUUCUUUCUGAUCAAAAAACCUUCAUAACAGAAGCUACCCAGGACCAGAAAAAUGUGCUGAGGCAAUAUUUCAAAGUUUUGCUUACCAGAUGCGUUCUGAAUUAUUCGAAGCAGUCCGAGAUUCUCCGUGUGGUUAUCUUGGAUGCUGUCAAAGGCGCUGUGGCUAAGGAACUGCUUCAUGCUGCAUUGUUGUACCCUCAUAAAGAGGCCCAUGCUAGUGUGCUACCAAUGGUAAAGCAGCUGCUGAACGACGAUGAACUAGUUAGCGUUUUCUUAAAUCCAAGACUUCCAGUGCUCCCUACCAAGAGAGUAAUCGACCAAGCGUCGUUAGAAGAAAUGGAGCAGGAGAGAGAAGAGGAAGAGGAACAGAGACCAGUCAAGAAAAUAAAAAUUGAGGAACGGGUGACUGUUGAGGCACCAGCAAAGGAUAAUCAAAAAGAGGACGUUACAGAAGAGACGAAGGCGACAUUGGAGACUAAUACAAAUGGAGACGUCUCAGACUACGAGAACAUGGUUUUCAAGCCUGUUGGAUCGCUCGUGGAAAAUAACGACGUUGCACAGGCUUUAGUCGAGGAUGUGAAGCCGGUUGCAGCUGAACAAGCACUAUCAGCACAAUCACCGGCACGUUCUCCUUCAGACGAUGAAUCGGACUUUGAGAUCCCGGAAAUCGACAUUGACGAUGACUAA